AUGUCCGAGUCCAAGCUGAAGGCUCUCUUGAAAGAAGUGAACAAGACCUUUGCCACCCUUCCUGCCUUGCUUGCCACUCAUGCGGGUGCACAGAGCAAUGUUAUGCAAGUACCCGGUCCGCCCAUGCCCUCGUCGGAGUGUCUGUCGGCAUGUCCCACGCUUCGGGCUUGGUACGACGAAGAAAGGUGUCUGCGCGAGGAGCCAAAUCUGGUCGCCAAACUGGGCAACAUGUGCGCACAACAGGCUGGCUUGAGAUGUGCACUGGAAACCAGUGCUUGCUUGGGCUUCGUGGGCAACUCCGGCAACAGGUCCAUGUUCAAGUCGAUGCUGACUUGUGCUUGCGAUACAUGCCCUGGCACCGCCAAGUCCUUCGAGGGCGCAAUGGCCCGCGCCUUCGACGACUCUCAUCUGGACCUAGCAUGUCCUAUGAUUGCCACCGUGAAGUGCUUGUUGCAUGGUGCCGCCUGCGCUGUGCUCGCGCCUCCACUGAUGCAGCUAGAAGCGAGCUUCGACCAACUGGCUGCCAAGUGCUCCAGCUCUGGGAAGCUCACAGACUUCGCCACGCCCUACACCUACCACAGCCGAGAGAACGAGCAGCUCGAUGACGAGUGGCCGCAACUGCCGGUGAGAGCCGUUGACUUGUCCCACUGUCCGCCGGUGCCCGGGCGCGUUCGGAAGGUGAAGAUCGCCUUGCCAGGACAAAAGGUCUUGGCGCCGAAGAACGUGACGCUUGCUGUUUUCCAUCGUGCAGUCAGUCAGGCUGAGCUCUUUGUGCGUGCUGCCGUGGAGCUGCCGCCGUUUCGUCGUUUGGGCGACGGCGUUUUUGAAGUCAGCCUGACCUCCAGCCUACCUUUCCUUGCAGGGGACUGUUUGGGUUGGUCCCAUGGACGCGGGACUUUUGGCUUCGCUUUUGCCGGGAGGCAAGAGACCUACGAAGUGGCCAUGCUGGCCUUUCAUACGAGGAUGGAAAUGGUCUCCACUUGGCAGCCUUGGCACUGGUACAAAACCUUUCCCAGACAGUACUUUGUGGAACUCGAGCUCGUCUAUACUCUGGACCCUUUUGACUGCUGGAAGACAACCUGGAGAUCGGCGCAGCGGUCGCUAGCAUCUUUGCAUCCAGCAGCACGUCGCCCGCUUCUGCCUUCUCGCAUCUCUUGCUGCCACAUAAGUGCAGAGUUCCGCCCGAAGUGCUUCGGGGUAGUGCAGCAGACGAAGCAGUCUGCUUCGGAGCCUCAGCAUUACGUUUGGUAUCAUCCAAAUAACUGCUGUGGCUCACAGCCGCUUCUGGCUAACGUACAACGACACAUACGCUGCGAGCUUCCGCGACAGAAGGCGUGGAGAGUCGCCAUCGCGCAAGCCGUUGUUGAUUCUUCACGCUGCUGUCGGCCCGGAGCGCAAAAACCUUUCGAGUGUUCUUCUGGUCGCUGGCUUCGCGCACGCCUGUCGCGGUCCUCUGCCUGCCCAGCUGGCGCAGCACUUCUGCAAACAUCUUGCAAGAUCAUCCGGAAAGCUCUUCAGCGAACGGAUCAAGCACAGUUUACUCUUCGAGACGUGGGACACCAUGACAAGCAUUGCAGCAUCUACGGACAUGACGGCGCUGCAUGCUGCUUGGUACAGGUCUGCAAAACAGAUAUGUCGGGACUCAGGUGUUUGGCCUGCCUGCUUGCAGAAGUGCCCUGGGGCUUUUGGUCGAGAAGCCAACGAUUGCUUCUGGCCCGCUUGCUGCAUCAACUUCCCACUGAAAGUACAGCAAAUCUUCGUCCCGCUUUUACUUUUACGAAUUCGUUGCAUGUGCACAACACCUUUCUUCAAGUGCUGGACGCAGGCCAGGAUGUGCCUGCCAAAGAACCGGCUGGUGUCAGUGACCUUGCCAAAGUCUUGCAAGCGCUGGCAACUGCCCCCUUGCAGUUGCCCUUUGGCUCACACGGAGCCACCCAGACCCAAAUUCCAGACGAGGCCCUCUGCUCUGGCCGGCCAGAAGCACGCCUGGCGACUUCCGUGGCACCCGUACCAACGUGUGGCCUUGCUGUGGCAACUUUCAUUUCAUUCUAUCAGAAACGCUCACCCAAUGAGCUGCCGGAGUCGUGCUGUCCAGCACAGGGUUGGCCUUCCCUGGUGCGGGCCGCCAGUGAAGGCGGUCACCUAUCUCGUUGGCCAACUGCUGCAUUUGCUCUGUGCCUCCUCUGUGAGUUGUCGAAACAUCUGGAUGCCGAAAGGGUGAUGGUCUUGGACAGGAUGGUUGACCACUACCUGUCUUGCCCAGAACGUGGCAUCUGCCCGUGGCAGGAGAGGACGUGUGGCUACGAACUAUGGACACCGGUUCUCUGUGGCAUUCGCGCUUCGAUGUCACAUUCUCGCACGAAUCGUACUGCGCCCGAGCCCGUUCCCACUAUACGCAGGGAAGCCAAAAGCCAUACCGAGACCAUGCGCCAUCUCAUAGCAGGAGGUUCGCUGAUGCGAUUCAACGAUGGUGAGCAGCUCCAGCUGAACUCAGAAGUAAAUGGCCCUCUGGCGAGAUACACCGAUACGUUCAUUCGGCUCAGCUUUUCUGUGCAAGCACGCUGCCCCGGGCUCUGUGUUGGCAUUAUCCACCCUGACGACAACUCAACUCUCGCGGCUCUCGGCCAAACUCAUCUGGAUUGGUGGCAGACGGCAGGUUUGCCAAACACCCGAGCACUUUUCAGAUCUGGAUUGCUGCCGGACCAAAGUUAUUGCUUCGGCAUGGUGAACUACAGGCCGAAAGCGGGCCCGGAGGCCAUGACCCUCGCGGAGUUUCAAGCGCAAUGGGAAGAGGUCUUUGCCAACAAGACCGUGCUCAUUGUCGCUGCACUCGACUAUCUGUUCAUCCGGCGAUGCGGCGGUUGCAGGCAAAUCUCCAGUUUGCUGCUCGGGCACGGAGCGAAGGUGCCACCUUACUCCAGAUCUCGCGAGGUGCUCGCCUUGAACCCUGACCUCGUGGGCUUUGAGCCGCCUCUUGGGUCUGCUUGGUCCGGAGUGGUGAAGGCAACCUUGGCGGCUGUCGCGCAGGCCCAGGCAGACGUGGUGGCUGUGAGCUGGGGCACCUCUGCCGACCUCCUGGUUGCAGAGCUCGCUUGCCGCGGCACACAGGCGAUCGACGUGGGAAACCUGGGCUCCAUCCUGGAAGGUGGUUCUACGGCACAGUCCGUCGACCCGGAUGAGUUCGAGCGUGCGAGCUGA